AUGGAUGAAAGAAAGGAAAACAAAAAGAAUGCAGAUUAUGAAAUAUUUUUAAGAGAUAGAAAAUUAAAAUAUGAAAAACUAAGGAAAAGAAAUGCUUUACAUAAUAAAUUUAUAUUACCCAUAAUUAAUUUUAUAAAGGGUAUUAUUAAUUUUAUCAAAACAGUUAUUAAUAUACUAGCUAUUUUUUUUAAAACCCUACUUGGACAAUCAAAUACUUCUCAAAGUUCCAAUGGAAAGAAUAAUGAUGAUGAUGACGGUUUUUUUAAAAAGAAAAGAACAGGAGGUUUACCAAAAAGAAGAAUUAUGGAAUUAAAAAAUUUAGGUACCUGCUUGGGAAGUACCUGAGGUUAA